AUGUCAUUAUCAAUAUUUUCAUUACCUUUGAGUAGUUGGUUUAAUUCUACCAAUGAGGUACAGAAAAAUUUGAGUUAUUGCUUGAAUCUGUUGCUUUUCAGUCUCUGAGACCUCCGCCCGUGGAUUUGUCUCAGUUCCAACGUCUGCACACCCAGUCCGAACAUAGGACAUUGGCUGAGAGUAAGCUUCGAAGCAUUGAAUUAUGAAAUUCUUGGCUUUUUUCAGUCCCUCCAGAACGGUCGGGUCAUCGGUGUUUUUAUGGGAGUGACGAUGUUUUCUAUGUAGUCGGCGGUUAUUCGGCAAAUGUUUCUGUUAGAGGAGUGGAAAGUGUUAUUUAUCGAGAGGUUGCAAUAUUCAAACUACGUUUUCAUUUGUUUUUGUCAUUUGUUCAGGUUUGGGCAUUGAAUCUGCUUUCAAAAAAAUGGAAAAGAAUGACGAUCAGCGGCUCGUUUCCGACCGCUCUAGCUUCAUUUUCGCGUAACGGAUUAUAGUUUCGCAAAAAAAGCAUCGACUUGAUUUAGUUGCCCAGAGAGAACCAUACAGCGACAUUUUCAUGGUCUUCGGAGGAUCUGGGGCCACAUUUGGGGCGAGUAAUUCUAAUAAGGUUUUUCUAUGAAGGACAAUCUUUUUGUUUCAGAUGUUUGAAGUUGUUGUGGAUGAUGAGAAGAGUAUGGCGAUUGGAAAAGAGCGGGUCGCCAUGUCGGAUAAUGUUAAGGCGCCUUCGUAUGGACAUGUAAAUUGAUUAAUUUUUUUCAUUCAGUUUUUGUGAAAGAUUUUGAAAAGGGUUUAUUCGUUUCUUUUUUCGGUUUUCUUCUUCCAGAGUUCUACUUUUUUUUUUCAUUUCUCGUGAUUUUUUUUAUCAGUAGUAUCAUAUAAAGUUCAUUUUAAGGAAAUCAAAAAAAGGAAAUUUUCUCCUCAUUUUCAGUGUGCAAAAGAAGUCUAGAGCGUUUUCUCUUGUUUUAUAGGUACUAAAAAAGAAGAAAAAAAUUUUUAACACGAAAAACGCUUAUAUUUGUUUUAAAUUCUGUUUUCGAUUGACCUUUACUUUUAAUAUUCAGGCGAUGAUCAGUGGACCUAGCCCCGGAAUAUAUUUCAUCGUCGGCGGAACCAACGGAUUCGAGUACAAUCUCGAUAUUCACGUUUUCAAAACUAUCCGACAUCUAGGAAUAGAGGCGGUCAUUUGGGAUUAUUUGACCACUCAGCAAGAUGUUCGUAGUUUUUUUUGAGAAUUUUUUCACAAUAAUUAUGGAAUUUUCGAAAAAAUUUGAGUUAUAUAGCCCAUUCCGCGCCAGCUUGCCACUUUUUCUUUCCGCCAAAAAUACCGUAUACCAAAUUAGAUGAGAAUUGAGCAUCUUCGCUUCAAGACCUCUGUUUUUUGCAGUUUUGUAGAGCAAAAAUUUGUAUUUACAGUAGCUUUUUCUUUUCUGUAAAAACGUGACCGUGGAACGCACUGUAAUUGACCCUCGGUUUUGAAAUUUCAAAAAUCCUCUUGUUCAAAUAAUAAAGUCAUCAGAAAAUGCCUGUUCAAAAAACUGAAAAUCACAAUUUUGCAAACCAUUUUUUUUUUUUGCAGGGUGGAGCCUAUCGAAUGGAGAUCAUUCUGGACGACAAUCGAUUGUUUGUUUUUGGUGGAGGCACUUCUCGCGAUGUCCUAGGAUUCGAUAUUGUUCGUUUGAAAUCUCUUUUUUGGUCGAACUUCAAUCUUCAGAUGUUCUUCUACAACUUGGACACGGGAGGAUUCGAGGUCAUCAAGCCGAUCGGCGACGAAAAUGACGAUUAUCCUGUUGCUAGAAGGUAUAUUAUCUUCUUUUUUUUAUGGGUAGAAAAUUUGGUUUUUGAAGUGUUCCUUUUCAGCAAGAUCUUUUUUUAAACUUUUUUUAAUUACCACCCGCUUUUGCCUAUUUCAUUAUGUACCUUGAAACGAAACUACGUGAAUUUUUCUUCUUCAGUUUUUUGUUUGAAUCGCCUUGAGGGUUUUUUCUACCUCAAGAAGCUGUUAGAUUAUAUUUCAAUCGAAUUAAUUCCAAAAUUCGAAAAAGCGUAAAAAAUUCUCGCGACACGUUUAUUUGAAAAUGGUAUCGUAUGAAAAAAAUUAUCUUGACCUAAUUCGAUAUUUCAAUUUUUUUAUUUAAAUGGCUUGAAAUCCUUGAGACCGCACUUGGAAUGGCUCGAAAGUCAUUUUAAGUCGGUUGCACCGGUAAUCAAUCGAAAAAGACUCAAUUUAUGCCCUAGUCUUUCCAUAUGCGGUUUUCUCAAGCAACUUCAUAAUUUUUCAAAAAACUCGAAUGCACUUCGGAUCGUUUGCCCCGUUCAAAAAUUCUCCCACGAGAACCCAUAAAACCCUUUUUUUUCCGUUUGUCUGAGGAUUGAAAUCUGAACUGAUCAAUUUUGUAAACAGAAAUUGUUAUUCGAAAACGCGAAAUACGUAAUUUUGCGCUAUAAGCUCCAAAAAAGCAACACCUUUCAAGCCGAGAAUUGCGCUAAUUGCACUAAAAGAACUUCAUUUUCGGAAUCCUGUUGAAUAUUUUUCAGUCAAAUGAUUGGAAAACUGUUAAAGGUGUCACUCGGCGACGCAAUGGGGCAGAGAAGUCGUGAUCGCCGGCGGAUGUACACCGAGAGGAGCGGGACUUGGGGAAAUAAUCGUCCUCGAAGACGUCUGGUUCUUCCAUCUGGACACUUUCCGAUGGCGUCGCCACCACUAUAACCUGGUCGAUCCCGUCUUUUUCCACUCGGCGGCUGUUUCCACGGCAAGAGCUUUUGAAAUAAUCUCAUUUCUUUUCCUUUUCCAGGAAGGAUGCCUGACGAUUUUCGGCGGAACUCUUGAUGAAAGCUCGAAGCACCGGUCGAAUACCACCCAGAUUUGUUGGCUCGCCCCGCCUUCUCUGAAAACUUUCGCCACUUGGUCCUUGAAGAAACAUUUCCCCUCGGUUGGUUUUUGAAGAGAUUCCUUUGAAAUUAUUUUUCCGAGUGUCCGUCGAUUUUUAAGAAAAAUGAGCUGUUCCACAGAGGAAGGUGCUAUUGGAAAAUUACCAAUAAAAAAAAAUGUUUUAAACUUUAUCCUAGAAGCUAAUGUACUCAGAUUACGUUCACCUAUUUGUCAUUUUUGAGUCAUUUAUGGAAAAUUUGAGCGGUCUUCUGUAAAAAUCACUUAAGUGGCAUCUUGUCCGGGUGGCUUGGUCAUUUUUGAGCCAUUUAGUGCGAACUUGAACGGUUUUCUGUAAAAAUCACUUAAGGGGCAUCUUGUCCGAGCCAUUUAGUGAGAACUUGAGCGGUUUUCUGUAAAAAUCACUUGAGGAGAAUCUUGUCCGGGAUUCUUUAUAAAUGUCUGAGUGAUUAUUGGACGAGAAAUCAACCACAGAGCAAAAUUUUACCAAUUUUCGAAAAAACUGAAAAAAAAAACUUUUACACAGGUUUCUUAACCUUUCUCCAUAUGACUUUUGGAAAAAAGUUCAACUUUGAAAAAAAAUCAUUUUUUCAGGUAUUUGAAGACGAUGGAGCUGAUUUACGGCUACGGGACAGCACCAAGAUAAUCAAAAGAUUUUUCGGCUACUCGUCGGACGCCGAGAAGAAUUGUGAAACGGUAUGAUUUUCGAUAAAUUGUUGAUUUCAAAUUUCAAAUCUUUCAGCCUUCCUUCGAAGAAGAACCGCUUCUAUCUGAGGUGGAUUUCGCGUUCGCGUAA